GGCGGGGGCUCUGAGCUUGGACCCAGGUUCUCCCAGGCAGUCCCGACUGCUGUGUGGUGGGCAGCAUGUCAGCUGGUGAGGAGAGGCGUGGGGACACGGAGGGAGAGGGCACUGCUUCUGCCGGCCCCUUCAGUUUCAGUUCUGAACCCACGCUGGAGGACAUCCGCCGCCUCCAUGCUGAGUUUGCUGCUGAACGAGACUGGGACCAGUUCCAUAAGCCUCGGAACCUCCUCCUGGCCUUGGUGGGGGAAGUAGGGGAGCUGGCGGAGCUUUUUCAGUGGAAGCCCGAUGAGGAGCCUGGCCCUCAAGCCUGGUCCCCCAGGGAACGAGCAGCACUUCAAGAGGAGCUUAGUGAUGUCCUCAUCUACCUGGUAGCAUUAGCAGCCCGCUGCCGUGUAGACCUGCCCCAAGCAGUGCUCUCCAAGAUGGACACCAACCGGCAACGCUACCCAGCACAUCUGUCCCGCGGCUCCGCCCGCAAGUAUACAGACUUGCCCCACGAGGCCACCUCUGAAGACCAGACUGUGAGGCCUGCAGACCUUGCCUGUGAGUCUGCAGGUCAGGCCCCAACCUAGAGACGUAGGCACAGAACCUCCGACCCAGCACGGCAUCUGAGGAGCAGAGGGUGCCCUGGCCAUGGAACUUCAUUCUAGACCUUUCCUAGCAGACCAUGGGCAUGGGGUCUACACUUCUUGAGGUCUGAGGCCCAAGAACUUCCAGAAGAUAACCUCCUGAUUAUUUUGUUUCUCAGUACAAGUUUUGGUUAGCAA